AGUGGGAAUAAAGAAACGGUAAAACCUCAGACAGAUUCUUUAGGAGAAACUUAAAUUUAGCUCUUUUGAACCCCGCCCCCCCCACACACACAUCCCUCUCCACUCCUAUAUAUAUAACCUUAGUGAGGCAAAGCGGAGAGAUCAUCAGAGAAGCGCUCAGAGAUAGAAGAAGAAGAAGGAUCGCCAUGGUUCUGCUAGAGAAGCUCUGGGAUGAUGUGGUCGCCGGGCCUCAACCUGACAAUGGCCUUGGCAAGCUCAGGAAGCUCACUACUAGGCCCUUGAACCUCAAAGAUGCGGAAGGAGAAGGAAGCAAGUACCAGAGAUCACUGUCGAUGCCGGCAAGCCCAGCAACGCCGAGCACCCCUGUGACUCCGAGCACACCGUCGACAUCUCGGAAGGACAACGUGUGGAGGAGUGUGUUCAACCCCGGGAGCAACCUGGCCACCAAAAGCCUCGGCACUGAGAUGUUCGACAAGCCCCAGCCCAACUCCCCCACCGUUUAUGACUGGCUCUACAGCGGUGAUACCCGAAGCAAGCAUCGUUGAUGGGUCAUGGGUGGGCCUGGGGGCCACCUCCAAUCCAAGAACAAGAGGAUGCACCCGUGCACCGUGCAUGUAAAUAUUUUGGACGCCAGCCUGAACUAGUCCUACUCCUGGUUUUAUGUUAAUUAAGCACUGGAUCUUAUCUCUAACUAAGCGAUGAUUAUGUAUGUUAAGAGGACUCUGUACUCUGUAGUAGAAUACUUAAUACUAAAUGAAAGAGAAAUGUCUACUUUUAUUCCCA